CUCAAGGACGUCUGUGUGAAGGAUCGAAUAUGCAAAUAUGCAAAUUGUGACGUCGUAUGCUGCUUGAGGGCGCUGAAUCGAGUAGGCGGCACCGAUCCAGCGACCAAGCAGAACUCAAUUUGUGAAAAAUCUGACAUGCCGAUGCAGGGCACAGACAGACAUCUAUCUGCACGACCGCAAGAACCAUCGAGAACCGAGAAGCCUGAGAAC